AUGUUCUAUUCUCUGCUGCUUUCUUCUCAGUGGGAGUGUUGCGGCGCAUUCGGAGCGGACGACUGGAACCUCAACAUUUACUUCAACUGCACGGACACCAACCCCAGUCGGGAGAAAUGUGGCGUCCCCUUCUCCUGCUGCACCAAGGACCCUGCGGUAAGAAAGCCUCACAUGUCAGAGACAUGGGUCAUGGAGUUCGGUGAUCAAGCCUGCAUUCCAAACUGGAAAUCUGCUCCCUUCCCCUUAGUCCUUGGCUUGCUGUUGCAGAUCUGAAAACACUGGAUGGGUUAAAACCAAAAUGGUGGACUUAGCCAGACUUAUAGAUAUACUGUAUCUAUGGCUCUGUUUUUCACUGAUCCAGUCUCCUCAGAUAUGUGAGGGGGAGUCGUCAAGGACGGAGGAAAGUGAGUAAGUCUCCAAUUUGGAACGCAGCCCUAAGACCCCUUGGAUAAAGCUGCUUUCAUAAGAGUGCUCAAUUGGAGUAGAGGGAGGCAGCAAGAAAGUAAGGCAUAUUGAGUCAGAGAGAAUGACAAGAAAACUGAGCAACAAAAGGGAUUGACUGAAGAAUAGAUACUGUGAUGUAAGGACAUAGGAGAGGUAGAACGGGACAGAAGAGAGAAGACAAUGACAAAGAGAGCGAGAGAACAUUGUAACAAUGGCCUCCACACAUUCAGAAAACAUCAGUUACACGGGACUGCCUGUGACAAGGGCAUCAAGGGCUAAAUCCUUUUCAGAAUGGCAUCUGGAAGAUCGGGACUAUUACAGUAACGUCUUUCAUCAUUGGGGCACUUUGAACAAUGAAUCCUACAUGCUGUAGUGGAAAUUGUGUUCCCUUACUCUCUGAUGAAUGUGUCACGCUUUUACAGUUAAAGGGGUAGUUCACUGAAAAUUACUUUGCUUCUGGUUAGUCCCAAUGGCAGCAUCUAUGAAACAGCAAAAACCAUUUCUCAGACAGCAUCCAUGCUAAUGCUAACAUGCCCAUAUUAUUGGUCAGAAACUCAAACAUGAAUUGACACACAAACAGGAAACGGUCAUGGGUGUCAGUGGUAUUAGCAAUGCAGGUCGGGGUUAUGACAGUUGACUUCUCUUUUUGAUAACACUUUUAUUUCUCUUCAUUAGGAGGAUGUGAUAAACACACAGUGCGGCUAUGACGUACGAGCCAAAACAGUGAGUGCUGUUCCAUUUCUCUCCUCUUUCCCUCUCUACCGCCUUCCUUUAUCCUUCCCUUACAUUUGUCCUUGUCUCGUUUCCCUGAUAUAGUAGCCUCUAUUAUUAUGGUGCAGGAGACACAUUCCUGAGAAGAUAGGAAGUCAUAUAAUAUAAUGAAGGGAUAUAAAAUAGAAUACGAUGGUCGUAUAAUGAAGGCAUAUGCUUGGUUUUCAUGCCAUUUGGAGGCUAAGAAGCUCCCUGUAAUAAACGUGUCAUUGUCCAUUGUUGUAGGACGCAGAGCAGAAGACCUACAUCCAUGUGAAAGGUUGUGUGCCACAGUUUGAGAAGUGGUUACAGGACAACCUGACAGUGGUGGCUGGGAUCUUCAUAGGAGUUGCACUGUUACAGGUAAGAGAAACGUUUCUUUGACACAUUUCAGCCUAGAAACAGAGUAUUCUCCGAUUCAGAACAUUAACUGAUAUGGUGAUGUUUAGACACAUUACACUUGACUGAUAUGGCUUGUGUCCAUCAUAUGAGUAUCUUGUGGAGAUUCAACACAUUGCAUUGCAACUGCCAAUCCCAAAUAAUCAGGGAUGCUAUAAGUAUUGUAGAAGAGCAGAAAUUCAGAGCAGAGCAGCUUGCAUGUGACUCAGUCCGGACUGGUUAAAUGGUAAUGAAAACAGAUAUCAGUCAUAAUUUAUUUUCUUUCUUUCACAGAUAUUUGGAAUAUGUUUGGCACAAAACUUAGUGAGUGACAUCGAAGCUGUGAGAGCAAGCUGGUGA